CGUAGAGGCAGCGAUGGCGGCGACCUUGAAGCCGGUCACCCAUGUGCUUUUCGACAUGGAUGGCCUUCUCCUAGACACGGAGAGGCUGUACACGGAGGCGACGCAGACGAUUGCCCAGCGCUUCGGCAAGGACUACACCUGGGACGUGAAGGUCCGCGUGAUGGGUGCCACGGGGAAGGACUCUGCCCGCAUGGUCAUCGACCUGCUCCAGCUGCCUCUCACCACGGAGCAGUACCUGGACGAGAUCGAUGUCCUGUACGCCCGGCUGUUCCCCACUGCACAGUUGAUGCCAGGAGCGGAGAAGUUGGUGCGACACUUGCACCGGCACGGCGUCCCGAUAGCUAUAGCGACCAGCUCCAAACAGGAGUCGUACAUGCUCAAGACGAGCCUCCAUCGAGAGCUCUUCGGCUUGUUCCAUCACGUGGUGUGCGCCAGCAACCACCCGGACGUGCAGAGGGGCAAGCCCUUCCCGGACAUCUUCCUCGUCGCAGCCUCCAAGUUUGAACCGGCCCCCGAACCCUCUCAGGUGCUCGUGUUCGAGGACUCCCCCAACGGCGUGGCGGCUGCCCUGGCCGCAGGCAUGCAGGUGGUGCUGGUGCCCGAUCCCCGCCUAGACGAGGCGUCGCGCAAGCGGGCCACCCUGUGCCUGCCCUCCCUGCUCGACUUUGAGCCGCAGGCGUUCGGCCUGCCACCCUACAGCCGGUGAAGAACCGCAGCCGCAGAGACCCCUGGCCACAAAAACUAUUCACACGGGUAUCAGCCGGGGAGCCCCAGCGGUCGGCUGCGGCCCGGAAGCCGGCGACAGGUCGGCACGGUAGUGGCGUAAAUGGCGGGACUUGCGAUGGUUGUUUUGUGAUUCCCUCCCCAGCUUCCCAAGAACAUAGACCAACUAGACUCCACGCCACAGUGAAGUCCGGCGCAGUGGCAGGCAAGCAACAGUUCUUCUGUAGCCCACUUCGGACGACUACGGAGCCAUGAGAUACCUGCUGAACCCCAUGGACAUUUGGUCUGAGGGGUUAGCAGCCCUAGUUGGCCUUUUUCGAGGUAGUGUCCAGGCCAUGCAGGGAUCCAUGACAGGGUCUCCCGCCUCUUGGCUGAGCUUUCAGCUCCUUGGUGCACCUCUAGGCUUUUUUCUUUGUUUGGAGCGACAAUCUCUGCCUUUGGGAUCACCUAGUGUAGUGGAGUACAAAGGGCCAAAUUCGUCUCGAAAUUUUCCGCGUUCCAAGAAAGUUUCCGUUUCAUUGGCUAGCUCGGCAGAUGCCGCGGGACGCCGUUGCACAGCCGACGCUGUUCACGUUUGUCGUGGCCCGAAGUGGGAAGGUGCGGACUGUGGCGGGAGUGACCAAAGCAACUUCAGCACCCAGAGGCCGUCUCGGGAGAAGUGAGCGCUCGACAUUGGACACGCAGAGAUACGUCUAGGCCACCGGCGUUGCCCGCAAUAUCGGGCCAGCAUUGACCGUGAUAUCGGACCGGCGUCGACAGUUCCUUGCUUGAACAACGCGGUCGGAAGCAUUUAGUAUCUUUGUGGUCAACGGGGCGUUGCUGAUUCUCGUGUCCCGAUUUAGCCGCGGCAAGCUGCACGCUUGAAUGGGGAUGACAAGCCACCUUACUGCAUUCAGCCAUCUUGGCCGAGUUCCGAGACGACACUCGGGCCCCAGGUGCUACUUGUAGACUCGCUAAAAUUGGAGCCUUUUGGCAGGGAUUGUAGGAGACACUUUCGUCUUAAUUCCCCCGCCUGUUUUUGCUUCAUUUUGCCGGCGGUAAGGCGGUCUUUGUGGCUCGCAGAAACCUUCAAGUGCACAAAAAACUCGGCUGAUUGUUUUUCCUCUAGAUAGUGCAGUAAGGAGGACUAUUUUUAAAAAGUACACGAGCAAUAAAACUGCUUAUAGACGCACAGGCACUAUUUGUGUACGAACGACAAUAGUCGCCCGGAUAUUCUACGAGCUUUCCGCAGAGCUCGCAUCGGGCUGUCAAAGUAUUUUAUGGCUACCUGCCGGUAGCCGUUGUGGUAAUAAUAAAUUUAAUAUAUGCGUGUAUACUGGAUGUAUGUAUGUAAAGAAUAGGUAAGAGGUUGGAAAUCGGAAGGGGCCAGUUGUUUGGCGAAUUGUUCCCUGCCGGCCUUUUCUCCCCUCCCAAGUGCCUGGCUAGGCGAGGGCAGCUCUGGUGUGCACUCCCUGUUCUUACUCUUCGCUUCACCAUUGGGAGUCAACCACUGACAUGCCAACGGUGUCCCUGUACUGGUCGUCUCUAUUACACUCAAUGUACCGGUGUUUUCUCAUAGGCUCGUUAAGGUUGGUAUUAAUUGUCCUUUGUGCCAGUCAGUUUUAUGCCGCCGAAGGACCUUCGCCUCAGUGUCUUGUCAGCUGUAUUUCUCCAUCUUGCGAGUUAACUUCAGUGCGGGCACAGGCGCGAGUGCACGGCUAGCAGAAGCGCUUUCUACGCUUGAAUGCUAGUGCGGACGAAGCGUUUAGUGGAGCCACGCUUUCACGCCCGUGCCCUUGCCUGUUGUAUGUAGGUAAGCUGCGAAAUCCUCAUUGUGUAUAGGUAAAUUGCAAUGAUUUUAGGAACCGACUUUGCGACUGCUUUAGGCGAUUUUGGGUUACUUGUGGCUCUCCGACUUCUUUAGUCGAGUAUGCUUGUUGAGAAAUGUGAAUUUGUACAGUCCGGCUUUGUGCCCGGAAAGUAUUUUCCUACCUAGAUGCUGAAGACGUGCAAAAUUUUGGACUAUGCAUGUUUUUAUUGUUUUUUUGUUUUUUUUGGCAACUCUGAAGUUUCUGUUAAUGUGCGAGUGUAGUGCAAUGGUUGUCCCCACUGGGAAUGCCACAGGCUGCCCUUAGCAAUUGGAAAUAGAACAAUAUCUUGUUUUCAACCCUGUAGUUUUUUUGGGGGAGUGGUGCACGUCAACCGCACACGACAGGCAACAAACCAGUGAUGUUCCAAGGCGGAAAUUUUGCGUUGAUUAAAGGUUGCCAGGACACGCUGCGUGUGGGCAGCUAAGUUGUGUGCAACCAUGUGCAACCUGUCUACAGCUUUGCCUUGCAACAGUCUGUAUACCUUGUCUUACAUCAGCUAUGGCUGUCUUGCAACAGUAAAGGUGCAAUUGGAUGGGCAGUA